AUGGCGUGUGCACAAACCUCCAGACUGACAGUGGUAACUGUGGCGCAUGCGGCACAGCGUAGUAACUGUGGCGCAUGCGGCACACCGUGCUCUGUCGGAUCGACUUGCUCAUCAGGCGCCUGCAUAAUAUGCACGGGCUUCCAGGCGCAGGCCACAUUCGCCGUGGGGUCCAAUCCGUGGGGUGUUGCAGUGGGCGACUUCAACGGAGAUGGCAAUCUCGAUAUUGUGGCUGCGAAUAAUGGCGACAAUACAGUAAGUGUCUUGCUCGGGACUGGAUCGGGGAGCUUCCAGGCCCAGGCCGUAUUCGACGUAGGGUCCGCUCCGAUCUGGGUUACAGUAGGCGACUUCAAUAGGGAUAGCCAUCUCGAUAUCGUGGCUGCGAAUCAGGACGACAAUACAGUGGGCGUCUUGCUCGGGACUGGAUCGGGGAGCUUCCAGGCCCAGGCUACAUUCGACGUGGGGUCCAAUCCGGCCGGGGUUGCAGUGGGCGACUUUAACGGUGAUGGCAAUCUCGAUAUUGUGGCUACGAAUUAUCAUAGUAAUACAGUGAGUGUCUUGCUCGGGACUGGAUCGGGGAGCUUCCAGGCCCAGGCUACAUUCGACGUGGGGUCCAAUCCGGCCGGGGUUGCAGUGGGCGACUUUAACGGAGAUGGCAAUCUUGAUAUUGUGGCUGUGAAUCAAGGCGACUUUACAGUAAGUGUCUUGCUCGGGACUGGAUCGGGGAGCUUCGGGGCGCAGACCGAAUUCAGCGUAGGGUCCGUUCCGGCCGGGGUUGCAGUGGGCGACUUUAACGGUGAUGGCAAUCUCGAUAUUGUGGCUGCGAAUUUAUUCAGCGAUACAGUGAGCGUUUUGCUCGGGACUGGAUCGGGGAGCUUCCAGGCCCAGGCCGUAUUCGACGUGGGGUCCCAUCCGUAUGGUGUUGCAGUGGGCGACUUUAACGGUGAUGGCAAUCUCGAUAUUGUGGCUGCGAAUUCUUUCAGCGAUAUAGUGAGCGUUUUGCUCGGGACUGGAUCGGGGAGCUUCCAGCCGCAGGCUACAUUCGACGUGGGGUCCAAUCCGUAUGGUGUUGCAGUGGGCGACUUUAACGGUGAUGGCAAUCUCGAUACUGUGGCUGCGAAUAAUGGCGAGAGUACAGUGAGUGUCUUGCUCGGGAAGCCUUGCGGCGCUUAG